AUGACCACCGUGUACAGAACCUUAGAACUCAACAUGAUUUCCGCAAAAGAUCUCAAAGAUGUUAAUAUUUUCCCACAAAUAUCUGUAUACGCCAUUGUUUCAAUCCUCGGUGACCCACUCGACCCACAAAUCACCACCCACAUCCACUGUCACGCUAGAAGAAACGCUACAUGGAACAUCCCCAUCAAGUUCGCCGUCAAGGAAUCUCUCGUCUACCAUAAUCGUCUCUCUCUCGAAAUCAAACUCAUUUCCUAUCGAAAAUUCCUCCCACGCAGUACCAUUGGCAAGGUCCGUAUCCCUCUCUUGGGACUUCUUGAUAACUCUGCCUAUGCCGGUCAUCCAUUCAGUUAUCAAGUUAGGAAAAAACGCUCUGGGAAAUCCAAGGGUACCAUAAACCUCUCUUACAAAUUAUGUGACAAAGAAUGA